AUGGCUAGCCCAGAAGAGCAUCGAAUUUCUAUUCCUGAUCAUAAUGCUGGUGGAUCUGGUGUAAGUGUCGGCCCCGGAAUCAUUAAUGAGGAGUACCUGAGUAGUCUUCCUAGCGAUCCACCGAAUGCGGAUGAGUGGUGGAUUAGAGAGAUGGAGUACAGAAUCGAGAGAGGACUCGCCGAUUCGACACUCCGGCCCUCUAAUUUCAAGGAUGAAACAGAAGAUAAGAUUUGCGUGUCGACGCUGCACGAGAGGAUCUCUCAGCGAAGGUCGGAUACAGAAGAGGGGCUCUCUCGGCCAAGCGUGGUGAGGAUAGGGCCAUUUCAUCGGUGGCAUUCUUCGAGUAUUUCCGAGGAUGAAAAAUGGGUGAUUGUUGGCCUCAUGAAUCUUUUGUAUGGUCUCGACUUGAGGAGCUGCCUCGUAAGGAUAAAAAAUCAAGUAGCAAACGCUCGCAGCCGCUACAAUAUAGAUGAACUUCAAAGGUUCCGCUGUAUUAAAGAUCCGAUAAGUCCCUAUGAGAUGAGCGAUGAAAGGUCACGCUUUUACAAUGACAAAAGUUUUGCAGAGAUGCUGCUGCUAGAUAGCUACUUCAUCCUGUUUAUGUUGACCAUUAAGUUACGUGAAGGACCGACAGAUUAUACAUUGAUGCCACCAACACCUAAGUUUACAAAGGAGCCGCUUAAGCUCUUACAAGGCUACCAUUUUACAUUUCUCGACAUCAUAUUCAACAAAGAAGAGAUCGCGCCUGAUCUGCUGAUCGUCGAUAACCAAAUCCCCUUCUUCGUGAUCGUGAUCGAGGAGCUAUUUGAGGAGCUCAAUUUGGAUAAGCCCCUCUAUGAAUACGCACUCGAGUUCUUCGAGAGAAUCCAUCCAAGGCUCGCCCUACGUUCCAUAGACCAGCAUAGUCCUCCCAAAUUCCUACAUCUGCUCCAUCUUUUCCACUGGUCUCGGGUCCCACAGAACAAGUACAUCGAACUAAUUAUUAGUCCGUCGCCUCAACAGCUAGAUGUUUUUGACUGGGUAUCCCAAACUCUGAAUGCGAUGGAACUUAGAGAAUCCGCAACAUUGUUUGAAAAGAAGACGUCCGGCAGCAGCUCGCCAUUGGAUAUCACAUUCCAUAGACGUUGGUUCAACCGCAUUAUUGGGGUGUUCCACAUCCCAGAGUUACACAUCCGCGACUACAGCAGCCUCAUCUUCCAUAACCUCAUCGCCUUCGAGAUGCAGUCUUCAACCCGGGGCCGCUGCACCAUGGCCUUUUCUGCACUUAUGCGGAUCUUGCUGCAAAGCGAGGAAGAUGUGAAGCUGCUUCGGCAAAGACGCAUUCUGGUGAGCUCGUCCAUGACUGACAGACAACUCAUUGAUCUCUUCGCACGCUUGAGCAAAUUGACUGAAAACCAUCAAAUGCCAUACGAUCUGUUUGCAAUUUGCGAUCAGGUCCAGUCUUACCACAAGAACCUAGUGAGUCGAUUAUGCGGUGGCAUCAUUGUCCAGUACUUUUCCAAACCAGUGGUGGCUCUUUCUGUGUUUGUUGCUGCCUUGCUCUUCGUCCCCACUCUUUUGCAGACCAUAUAUGCUAUGAUCUACCAUAGUUGA